CUGACAGGAAGCUUCCCGCAGCAACAACAGCCCUAGAGACGGCGGAGGCGGAGGUGACAGUCGGGCUUUUAGCUACUCAGCACAACCUCUGCUGGAAACACCCGAAGAAGAAGAAGAGGAGCAGAGUAGUAGAAGUACAGAUAGUGGAGCUUCACGUCCUCGACAGGAAUUGCACAGGUCUGAUCCGCUAUGGAGUAGUUCUGCAUUUUCCCGGACAGUCAUUGAUGCCUUCGGAUCAUGACUGAAAGCCAAGGCUCGACCAAGGAAGUGACCUCUGCGGGCACCGCUGCCUGAGGGGGUGCCUCUCACUGUGGCACUAUGGCAUCCAACGAAAGACUGUACGAGGUGUGGAUGCUCUACUGCACCAAGAGAGAUCCAGACUACUUCAAGAUAUGGCUGGAGAUUUUCAUCAGCUCGUAUGAGCAGUGUCUCGAUGUGGACUUUGAAAAGCCCCCUUCGAGACCAGAAGAGGUUCCACCUGUGUUGACCCUGCUACCCGACAACAUCCUGCAGGUUUUGCGCCACCAGCUGCUGCAGUGCGUCCAGAAAGCAUCCGAUGGUUUAGAGCCUGAGCAGCAAAACCUGGCACUGCUGCUGCUAAAGUUCCUCAUCAUUAUCUGCAGGAACUUGUCCAAUGUUGAGGAGAUCGGCACAUGCUCCUACAUCAAUCACAUCAUCACCAUGACAACGCUAUAUAUUCAGCAGCUAAAGAGUAGGACCAAGGAGAAGGAGAUGAUGGACCACAGUCAGGCGGAGGACUUUGUCCGUCAUUCACUUGCCUUCUGUGAGAGCCUCUAUGACCCAUACCGCAACUGGAGACAUCGGACAAGCAGGGAGCAGUUGGGCACAAUAGAGAGGGGAAGGCAGAAGUACAAGGCAGCUUCACUCACUGUUGAAUUUGUUCCCUUCUUUUACCAGUGCUUCCAGGAGAGCGAGCAUCUAAAAGAGAGCCUGAAAUGCUGCCUGCUGCACCUGUUUGGAGCCAUAGUAGCAGGGGAUCAGAGGAACGCUCUGCUCGCCAUCUCUCCAGCCACCAUGGAGGUGUUGAUGCGGGUUCUGGCCGACAGCUAUAUGGGGAGCUGUUCAUCAGACGAGGCCGAGGACUGGGAGAGCGAAGCCGUCAGCCGGAUGUCCUUGCUAACAUUGGGCUGCCUCAGAGAGGUUGUGCAGUGCCUCCUGGCCUCCAGCUCCGACCAGCGGCAGGUGGAAAUCGCCUCUGUCUUGGAAAACUACUUCAAGUUGCUGAACUCAGACCCAGCGGCUGUGGUCGCUGGCAAACAGCAGCAGCAGCAGCCAGCCAAGGGUCAGGUUCCCACACUGGGCCGACAAUGGGAGAUUCGAUUUGUUGCGCUGCAAGUGCAAAUGCUAGACACCAUCAGGGACAUGUUCCUGUGUUCAGAUAGGCCCGUUCUACAAGCCAUUUUCCUCAACAGUAACUGUUUUGAGCAUCUGAUACGACUGCUGCAGAACAGCAAGCUGGUUAAUGCUAGGUGCACGGCGGCAGACAAGGACCAGAAAGAUAUAACCAACAACAGGUUACAAACAGGAGAGAGGGACACUCAGGUGAUUCAAGGACGCCUCCACUCAUUAGCUGUCGCCACCAUCAAAGCCCUGACGACGGUGAUGCAUAAAUCACCAGCUGCUAAGGAGGUUUUUAAGGAAAGGAUUGGCUACAAUCACUUGUAUGAAGUUCUGACCUCAUUGGGACAGCCGUCUCGACAUCUGCUCAAGGAGCUGAUGAACAUGUCGGUGGAGGGGGAGCACACCUCUGUGGGCCUCCUUGGGAUUAGCAACGUGGAGCCAUUGCUGCUACUGGUCGAGUGGCUCCCAGAGCUGGACUCGCCCGAACUGCAGCUCUUCACAGCCGACUGGCUGCGCCGCCUAAGCUGCCUCAACCGCCAGACCCGUGCCACCUGCGUCAACGCCGCCAUGGUCAUGCGAGCUUUAGCUGCUCUGGAGCACCAUGAGCGCCUGCAUAGAGCAUGCUCAGAAAGCCUGUUCGGAUUAAUAGGCUCGCUGGGCUCACAGUCUUUGAGUGGCAAGGAACUGCUGGGACUCUUGCGCCUCCUUAGGACUACAGAGUCCAGCCAAGCUCAUCCAUAUGUAGGUCCAGCCCUGAGGGCCCUCCUGACUAUGGUUCGCAAGCAGGGACUUGAGAAUGCCAUGCAGUACUUUGAUCUGUCGCCCAGCAUGGCAGGGAUUUCUGUUCCGACAGUGCAGCGCUGGCCAGGGUCUGCCUUCAGCUUCCAUGCCUGGUUGUCACUGGACCAGGACCAACUGGGUCCCCUCAGCAAAGACAAAAGGAAGCAGCUCUACAGCUUCUUCACUCCUGGUGGUACUGGGUUUGAGGCCUUCAUCAGCUCAGGGGGAGUGAUGGUGGUGGCCGUUUGUACAAAGAAGGAGUACGUCACAGUAAUGCUGCCAGACUACUGCUUCUGUGACUCCCUCUGGCACAGCAUCGGUGUGGUCCAUGUACCUGGAAAGAGGCCGUUUGGACAGAGUCUCGUCUACAUUUAUGUGGAUGGGCAGCAGAAACUAUCCGCCCCCCUCAAGUACCCCAUCAUGACAGAGCCGUUUAUCUCCUGCUGCAUCGGCUCCGCAGGCCAACGCACCACCACUCCACCUCCCUCGCAAAUCCCCGACCCACCUUUCUCCUCCGCCACCACACCCUCCGCUCGAUCCUCGCUGGGCGGUAUCCUGUUGCCGCAGACCUGGAGCGGCCUGCUGGCGGGAAAACCUGAGUCCGUCACUAAACUGAUCUCAGCCGGGACCCAGGACAGUGAGUGGGGAAGCCCGACGUCCCUGCAAGGCCAGCUCGGCAGUGUCAUGGUGUUUCAUGAGCCCCUGCAACCCAGUCACAUAAAAGCCAUCUGUAGUGCUGGUCCUAACUGCGUCUCUCCAUUUAAGGUCCAGGAAUCAGAACUCGGUGACAUUUCUGCCAAACUGCUGUUGCAUUACUCACCCAAGGCCUGUAGAAAUCCCAUCUGUCUCGACCUUUCUCCAAACAUGCUGCACGGACGUCUGACUGGGAACAAAGUUGUCAACUGGGAUAUAAAGGAUAUGAUCAACUGUGUUGGUGGCCUGCCGGUGGUUUUCCCAGUGCUAGAGCAGUUGGCCUCUGUGACCCCUGAUCAGCAGAGCCGCGAUCCUGCAGCUGCUUCAGACUUCAUCACACCAGAUGUGAGCACACCAGCUGAUGGAGACUGGGUCAUUCUUCCCUCGAACAGAGCUUCAGAGGCGCGUCUGGAGAAGAAUCUGGUGGCCACUUUCCUUUUGACGCUGAAGCAUUUUCUGCAGAGACACCCAAUCAACCAGGAGAAUCUCCUACACUCUCACAGUGUGGGAACACUGGGAGUCCUGCUGCAAAAGCUUCCAGCAGGUCAUGUGGACGUCAGCGUGCUGGUCGCUGUGCAGCUGCUGAUUGAGCAGGUGACCUAUGAGAAGAACCAGGCGCUGCUGCAGCAGAUCCACGCACAUCUGCUGUUCAAUUUCAACAUCUGGAACAAAGGAGACUUCCCAUUGCGCAUUGGUCAUAUCCAGUACAUGUCUACCGUCAUCAAGGAUGACAGGAAGCAGUUCAGGAAGAAAUAUGGAGUUCAGUUUCUGUUGGACACCAUGCGCCUCUAUUACGGAAAGAACGUUAACAAGGAGAAUGACCUGAGUGAGGACGACAUCCGGACCGUACGAGCAUCUCUCUGCGGCCUCGUUAAGUAUUACAUCAGCAAGGGCAUGUCGCAGGAAGAGAUGCACAGCAUUCUGGGAUACAUCGCUGCCAUUGGAGAUGAAGAUCAGCUAUGUGGCCUUCUGGAAAUGUUACUCAGCCUGCUUCAGAGCAGCCCGGCCAAAGACCAGAUCUUCCUGCUCCUCUUUGAGCCCACUGCAGCAGAUUCCUGCUACACACUUCUGCUCAACAACAAACACUCUGAUCGACUGAGGGAGCUUGUCUUCAAGCUGUUUGACCGGAUGCUGCGCAGCGACCGGGUUUAUGAAAGGAAUAAGCAGCGCUUACGCCUGAGGGAGGCUGGUUACUCCGGGCUGUCUCUUGUUUUCUCUGAGCUCCACAUCACUCCCACUCUGAUCCGCUGUCUCCUCAAUCAGAUUCUCCAUACAGAUCAAGUUGUGAACUACAAGGACCUGAUGGCUCUGGUGCAGCUCACACACCGGGCCGGACCUAGUGUACGCGUGAUUGUCUGCAAGAGGGUGUACCAGCUGCUUCAGUCCCAACAGGAUGCUGCCAGCCAGAUCGCAAAGCAGCAGUGUUGGCAGGACACCCUCAUGCGGCUGUAUCUACGAGGCGAGGGGUCCCUAACACUGCGCAACUCCGAUACCAUCAGCACCUGCAGCAUGGACAUAAACCGGAACGGCUGCAGCACCAAUAACCGCCUGGAGCUGCCGCUGGAGAGGAGGCUACAAGCAGGCAGCGCCAGUCGCGUGGAUCGGCUGGAGGACGACCGGCUAAGCGUGGGAGACGCUCGCUCCGUGGACAGCCUCGAGAACGCCGAUGUCAUCUCAUUGUUGGACACGCCGUCUUCCUCUGCCUCCACUGAGCCGCAGCUCCCAGUCAAGCCGUGGGUGUUGGGUAAAUCGGGUUGCUUGACAUUAGAUCUUUCGCACCUUCAGACCUAUGAGGGCGGAGACAGCGGCAGCCAAACACCUGGGAGCAUACCCAGCACGCCUUCUCCAUUGGAGACAGCAAAGCCUCUCCCUGGGAACUCUGGGGAUAAAGAUGCAACAUCUUCUUUAACUGAAGACCGCUUCCUCUUUGGUGACAAUAUCUCAUUGGGCGAAUCAUUCAGCAAUGCUGAGAGGGCAGAGGAGGAGCUUUGCUGCAUGCUGCUGGAGAUCGUUCUGUCGGUGAUGUGGCGAGGAGUUGAGGGUUCUGAUGAUUCGGCGUGGCUGGAGCGAGGCCAGGUCUUCUCAGCUCUUACCAAACUAGGGACUGCCAAUGAGCUGCUGCUUCCUGUUGACCAGAUCAAGCUCAAUCUCUUGGAGCGGAUGUUGGAGUGGGCUGUGACUGAUAACCGGGAAGCCUCGGCUGCCUCGUUACCACAGCACACAGAGAACGCAGUUCGGCUGCUUCACAUUGUGCAGGACUUCCUUCAGGCAGAGGGUUUGGUCAACCCAGUGCUGUGGACAGACAAGGUGCUAGAAGAGACUGUGACACUAAUGGACUGCCUCAUGGUGUGGUACUCUGCUGGGACUCAGUGGUUUCAGCUCUCCCAAGUGGGACUGAGACUUCUGCUGGGCUUCAUGGCUCAGGAAGACACUGAGGUGUGUGCUAUGGCCUCAGCCAAGCUUAACGGCAUCCUGCAAACCAAAGAAGUAUCGAGCCAGGAUGAGGCCUGCUACUUGCUGGGAAAGUUGGAGGGAAUUCUGAUGCGCUCCAUCCAGGAGCAGACUGAUGAGACCUAUUCUUUCUUUGUUCCGGUGCUCCGGACGCUGCUCUCCAAAGUCCACCGCCUCCUCUACAUGGAGUUGCACCUGCCUCAGCUGCCCGACACUAAUGGAAGUCCGUCUUUCUUCGAGGACUUUAAGCUGUACUGCUCCUCGCCCGAGUGGCGCGUCUACCUCGACAAAUAUAUUAUUCCGUACAUGAAGCAGUAUGAAAUCGAGAUGUUCAGUCAGGGUCAUGAGACCAUGGCUCUGUACUGGAAGGAGUGCUAUGAUGCCUUCAUGGUCAGCUUGCACAAGAGGGAAAGAGAGAGGGGCGAGAGCAAGAUCCGCUUCCAGGAACAAUUUGUGGAGCCAUUCUCACGCCGCAGCCGCCAAGAAAACCUACGUUAUAAUAACAUGUUGAAGCAACAACACAGCCAAAACAGCGCCACCCUCAGGCAGUGGAAGGCAGCACGACGUAGUCUGGUGUGUGAAAGGGGUCCAUGGGCUGACAGACAACAAGGUGAGAUGCAUUGGAGAGUGUCCAGCGCAGAGAACUUCUCUAGAAUGAGGCUGAAGCUGGUGCGCAAUUACAACUUUGACCCUCACGGAGAGGCCAGUGCUCUGAGAGACAACCUUGGUGUCCACCAACAACGUGUGAAUCCAGAGUCUCUGUUGCUAGAGGCUGUGAAGCAAGUUAAAGUCAGCGACUUGGAAGACGACAUCUUGGAGCUGCCGGAGGACGACCCCGCUGUCGCUAGCAACCAGGCUGAAGCAGAGGAGGUGGGUCAAAAGGAGAAAAUGGUGUUGUGGGAGGACUGUGAGCUGGUGACUGUGGUGGACGUUGUCCCAGGCCGCCUUGAGCUCACCACUCAACACAUCUACUUCUAUGACAGCAGCCAGGAGAAGGAGGAGGGAGUUGGCCAUGACUUCAAAUGGCCGCUUUCCCAGAUCCGGGAGGUCCACCUCCGACGAUAUAACCUGCGACGCUCAGCUCUUGAAAUCUUCCUCAUUGACCAGACCAAUUAUUUCCUUAACUUUAAAAAAGAGGCGAGGAACAAAGUGUACAGCCGCAUGCUGCUGCUGCGAUCACUCAACCUUUAUGGGACCCGUUCACCCCAGGAGCUCCUGAAGGCCUCUGGACUCACACAGAAAUGGGUGAACCGAGAGAUUUCCAACUUCGACUACUUAAUGCAGCUCAACACGAUUGCCGGCAGGACGUACAACGACCUCUCUCAGUACCCAGUGUUUCCCUGGAUUCUAGCUGACUACAGUUCGGAAGAGCUGGAUCUCUCUGAUCCGCGGGUAUUCAGGGACCUGUCCAAGCCUGUAGCAGUGCAGAACGAACGCAACGCUAAAGCAGUUAGAGAAAAGUAUGAAAGUUUUGAGGACCCAACAGGCACUAUAGACCGAUUCCAUUACGGCACCCACUACUCUAAUGCUGCUGGAGUGAUGCACUACAUGAUCCGAGCGGAGCCCUUUACCUCCCUGCACAUCCAGCUGCAGAGUGGACGGUUUGACUGUGCCGACCGUCAGUUUCAUUCCAUCCCAGCGACAUGGCAGACUCUCAUGGACAACCCCAACGAUGUCAAGGAGCUCAUCCCAGAGUUCUUCUACUUCCCUGAAUUUCUGGAGAACCAAAAUGGUUUCGAUCUGGGCUGCCUACAGAUCUCCAAGGAGAGGGUGAAUAAUGUAGUUCUGCCUAAAUGGGCCAAAUCCCCUGAGGACUUUAUCUACAAGCACCGCAAAGCUCUGGAGUCGGAGUACGUCUCAGCUCACCUCCACAAGUGGAUCGAUCUGAUCUUUGGUUACAAACAGAGGGGUCCUGCAGCUGUGGAGGCUCUCAACGUAUUUUACUAUUGCACUUAUGAAGGGGCUGUCGACCUGGAUGCAAUCACUGAUGAAAAGGAGCGUAAGGCUGUCGAAGGCAUGAUCAGCAACUUUGGUCAGACCCCCUGCCAACUACUUAAGGAGCCCCAUCCGGUUCGUCUGUCGCAGGAGGAAGUGGAGAAGAGGAAGGCUCUGCAGGACUCAAGUCCUCUUAACAUGUUCGAACACCUCAGUGACCUCAAGUCCUUCUUUGUUGAGGGCAUCUGUGACAACGUGCCGUUGGUUAAAGCUGUAGUACCAAAGAAUCAGUCCCAUUCAUUUAUCACCCAGGGAAGCCCUGACACAAUGGUGACGGUGAGUCAGAACUACCUGGUGGGGACCCACGGGUGGCUGCCUUACAAUAAGAACAUCUCCAACUACUUCACGUUCAUUAAGGACCCCACAGUGUCCAAUACCAAAACCCAGCGCUUCCUGUCAGGACCCUUUGCCCCCGGCAUGGACCUAGCAGCAGGUCUAUUUGUUAUCUCCCACGAUGGAAAGCUGCUCUUCAGUGGUGGACACUGGGACAACAGUAUUAGAGUCACCUCACUGGUCAAGGGCAAGACUGUGGGACAGCACAUCCGACACAUGGAUGUUGUGACCUGCUUAUCGACAGACCACUGUGACAUCCACCUGAUUUCUGGCUCCAAAGACACAACAUGCAUGGUGUGGCAGGUUCUGCAGCAGGGUGGAGCUCCUGUGGGUCUGUCUUCCAAACCUAUCCAGGUGCUUUAUGGGCACACGGAUGAGGUGGUCAGCGUGGCCAUCAGCACGGAGCUGGAUAUGGCUGUUUCUGGAUCAAGAGACGGCACGGUGAUCAUCCACACCGUCCGUCGAGGUCAGUACAUGCGCUGCCUGCGGCCCCCGUACGAUAGCUCCCUGCCGCUGUCGAUCCUCCACUUGGCUGUGUCUUGGGAGGGUCACCUGCUGGUCCACACAUGCCUGGAGGGCAAAGCCACACUCAAAGAUAAAAACACUCUACAUCUUUACUCUGUAAAUGGGAAGCACCUCUGCAGUGAAGGGCUGAAGGAGCAGGUGACAGAUAUGUGUGUUUCAGGGGAAUAUGUCAUCAUUGGAAGCGAGCAGGGAAACCUGUCCAUCCGGGAUCUCUACAGCCUGUCUCUCUGUUCCGAGCCCAUGGCCAUGCGGGUGCCCGUACGCAGCGUCUCCGUCACCAAGGAACAGAGCCAUGUCCUGGUGGGCCUGGACGACGGCAAGCUGAUCAUCGUUGGCGUGGGCAAGCCAGCGGAGAUGCGAUCGAGCCAGAUCACACGAAAGCUGUGGGGCUCCAGCAAGAGGCUUACUCAGAUCUCGACGGAGGCAGAAUACAACACCCAACAGGAGAACAACUGAUCCCAGACCAGUUCCCCACUCCUGUUACGCUUCACAUCCGGUUGUUCUUCAUUUUCAUAGACUCCCUUGAGUUCCUCCAUGUGUUUCCCCAAGUUAAACAGGUGAUUGGCAGCAAUUUGGUGUCAAAAAUCCUUCAUGUCCCUCUUUUGUUGGUGUGUUCCUGCUUGGGAUUGGCCAUUGAAGCGCUGGCGCUGUGGCUCCAUUGCAGAAAAUCUCACCACUACUCCCAAACACUACAUACUCCCUCUUCAUUCCACAUCAUUUUAAACAAUCAAACAAGUGUGUGUGCAUUAGAAGCAUAUUGCCAUUAUUUUAAAAUCUAGUUUCAAGUGACCUUUAUUUUGAGUUAGACAGGUGGGUCUGUUUAUGCUGGCUGAGUCUUCUCGGUUGCCUCGAAGCUGUCACCGUGCAGCUUUAUGCAGUAAGAUAGCUCCGCCACUCACAAAACUAAACUCUAUGCCCUUUUCUAUGUGUUUGUAUACAGAGAUGGACAAAUUUGUCGGCAGGGCUGUGAAGAUGUAUGCAAAAAAAAUCAUUUAUUGCAGUAACAAAUUCCCACAAUGAAAAACCUGGAAAAUCCAAAGCUUGAAUUUGAGUUAUUCAGUGUUAAGUUGGCCCUAUGUUGUUGAUUGAGACCCGCUUAUCAGUUUUCUGGUCCACCACAUUUUCUUCAGAAUGUUCUGAUAUUUAAAAAACAUAAAAAUGCCAUGCAGUCCAAUCGUUCCCAAGGCUUUUUUUUUUUUGAGAAACAGGCCCACGGCAUUACAGAUCCCCCACCAUGCUUAACCGUAGGCAUGAGGUUCUUCUCCCUGUAUUUGUCCUUUCUGUCAUGCCAGAACCAGCUGGGGUGUUUUAGUGCACUGGUUCAGUAGGGAAACAAAUCUAUGUUUAGAAAUAUAGUUUUAUAUAAAUCAGCAGUGGCAGAUGUGGGUGCUUCUAUUGGUCUUUAGGUUGAAGGAACUGAAGCAUUAUUUUAAUUUAGGUUACUUUUUUAAGUUGAUAAGAGUUUCUAGGAACUUCUAAUUAGUGAUCCACUACUUUCGGUUUAGUGGGGAUAAACAAUCUCGUGACAGACAACUUCUCUUACCCUCUAAAAAAGGGGAAAGACCAGAUAACAUGCCAUAAAAUGAAGAGUUCAUGAUGCUAUGAGCUCUUAAGAGGCUUUUAAGGCCCUCUGGAAAAGAAAAAAGCCUGCAGCAUUACACAUCCUACAUUAUACUUAACAGAGCAUGAAUUGGUUUUUCAUUUGACAGCGAGUUUUUUUUUUUUUUUUUAAAUUGGGCCCUCAUCCAGCCGUAAGCUUGGGUGAAACUCAAGCUGCCAAUAAUUGUACGGUGAUUCUAUUAAAAACAAUUUUCUUAGCUGGAAUUUACUGAAUAAAUGUACUUAAACACUCCAGGUGGUCCUGGUGUGAAAAUAAGGAUGAAUAUGUUGAAAAGCAUCUCAUGUUCAGUUUGCGAAGGAGGAUCUGCGAUGCCGUGGCGCUGCUUUUCUUACAAAGGCCUGGGAAGAAUCACAGUGCAGGCAUUCAAUGAACAUAUCACCAGAUCAACACUGAAUAAAUGUACUUAAAUUUAAGGUUGGAUCAUACACUGAGAAUAUGCUGCAGCAAUAUAAAAAAAUAAGUAGUUUGGAGGCUUUUUACCCAUCUUAACCAGGGAUGCCGGUAAAUGUGGUCAGCACUGUAAACAUAUACAAACACAAUCGUAUAGUUUUUUCAAACUCUAUGUUUAGGUGUUGAGCUUUCUGAUAAAUUGAUGCAUCUAGGCAUACUUUAGUUAACACUGAGAAUAAUCAGCAGUGGUUUUAUGUUUUGUAUAUGUCACUAAACACUACAUUAUCGAACAGCAAGCUUCCAUCUGAAGAUUUAACACAGAAAAGAAAGCGCCUGAAUGUUUUUGAGUUACUUGAAUUGUUGUUUAUUUAUGAGUAGCAUUCUUUUUAUAUUGGAUUUAUUCUCCUGAAAGCUCCAGUAUGGCAUAUUUUGAAAUUCCUCUGACUGUUCGCACACUUGUGAAAGAGAAGAAAUCUGCAAGGGCUUUAUGAGAUGUCAGUGUUAGCAGCAAUACAGCUCCUUUGUCGCGUGCCUGUUAAUACUUUCUUCCUCUCUGAUUCCAGUCUUCCUUCUGCUCUAACUGGGACAGUGUCUCACUAAUUUGACCCAUUGCCCAGAGCGUCUUUAUUUUUAUUUCUGCUCAUCAUGACUGAUAUCUGUGAAGUUUUCUUUUUGCAGGGCAACAAAGAUGGUUUGCAUGCCUUGUUAAAGUGAGAGAUUUGUUUGUAGGUGUGGGUUAUUUACUCUGCAGUAUGAAGCAGCUAUUAAUGCGAUUGCUAUUUUUGCACCAUAUUUUUGCCUCGGUCCCUUUUUCUUCUCCUGCAAUGACUUUGUAUUUAGUUUUUAUUUAAACGUCACAGCUUGGGGAAGUGCAAAGACCAAACUGCAACUUUCGUGAGAUUUCUGUGAAAGUUGCUUAAAUUGUUUUCUGAAUACAUAAUUUCUAAAAAAUACAGGUUUAUCAUUCAGACCACUGUUUGAGCUGCUCCAUGACUGCAACAAACGGAGUGCCUUUAUGCCAGUUGUGUCAACAAUAGAGCUAGAUCCUUCAUUACUGAAGCCAUUCGUCCCCCGAACCGACUUACGCAGCAUUCCACAUGUCCAACCUCAACAGUCUCAAUGGGAACCAAUGAUGUUGGACUUAAAUAAUAAUCAAAAAUACUAUUUGGUGUCUUAGCUGCGUCCUCUGAGUGUCACCUAAAUGGAUGUGUGUAUAUCUGUGAUUAUUUAUGAAUACAGUAUAUAUAAUGUACAGCAUGGUUUUUAUUUCAUUGUCUUUUAAUGUCCUUUUUGCACUUUCUAGGUACUAAAAAUUGUAACAUUGUUUUAACUUGGCUCCCUGAUCUGUACAAACUGCUUUGUAUACACACAUGGGAAAUGAUCAUUAAAGUCGUCUAAAUUAAAAGAAAAA